AUUCCCAUUCUUCAAAGGUAUCUUUUGUCCUUAUCCCGAGAAUCCCCUAAUUUUGUCUCUUGCAUAAACGCCCAUUCCCACCCUCGUCCCGCCGCAUCUCUCUGCACAUAUUCUUGCCCACGCCCACUUGUGUAUGAAUGUGAGGGAAGGAGGGGAGAUUUGAAGGUGGGGAGGAAAAUGGUGCGGCGACUGUGGAGAGUGGUUUGGGUUUUGGCGUUCCUGUUGCUGGUUGACUUUACAUUCGAGCAGUUGUUGAGUUCAAGAACUGAGAGAUUUGCUUUGCUGCAAUUGAGGUCAUCCUUAGGGCUUAGGGCCAGAGAGUGGCCUGUAAAGGUUGGCCCUUGUUCGGGAUGGGCUGGUGUUUCUUGUGUGAAUGGUAGUGUCGUGGGGAUCAACAUUAGCGGGUUCAAGCGCACCCGGAAAGGAAGUCGAAACCCUCGAUUUUUGGUGGAUGCCUUACAGAAUUUAACCAUGUUGACAUCUUUUAAUGCAUCAUUGUUCUUGCUUCCUGGCCCCAUACCGGGAUGGUUUGGCCUUAAAAUGAGUUCUCUUCAAGUUCUUGAUCUCACAUCUUGUUCCAUUAAUGGUUCUUUACCAGCCUCCCUUGGUAACUUGACUAGUUUAACACAGCUUCAUUUGUCGCGCAAUGGACUUACCGGGACGGUUCCUUCCAGUUUGGGUGAAUUGCCCAACCUUUCUGUUCUUGACUUGUCACAUAACUCACUAAAUGGGGCGAUACCUCCUUCCUUUGGGGCUUUGUCAAAGUUGAGAUUCUUGAAUCUGUCUGGAAACAGUUUUUCUUCUUCAAUACCUUCUGAAAUAGGCAACCUGUAUAGUCUCACUGGCCUUGAUCUCAGCCACAACUCACUCUCUGGGUCCUUGCCUGCUAGUGUAUUCCCUCCUUUAACUAAGUUGAAGUUCCUGGUAAUGGGUCAUAAUAAUUUCACCGGCUCCUUUCCUGCCGCAUUGUGGUCAAUGCCUUUGCAAUUCUUGGAUGCGUCUGCCAAUAGAUUUACGGGCAGCCUGCCUAACAUCACUCUCACUGCCAGUGCCCCCACUACAUUUUUUGACCUUUCACAGAAUGAGUUUUAUGGGUAUCUCACCACUGUGGUUCAGGGAUUCAGUUUCAUUGAUCUGUCUGGAAACUAUAUUGAAGGUAAAGUUCCUACAUAUGUGCAUGGGAAUGUGUCUAUAAGCAGAAACUGCCUCCAAAAUGUGAAAAAUCAAAAGGGUGGGAGUGAAUGUGGUUCGUUCUACAAGGCGAGGGGGCUGGUGUUUGAUUCUGGGCAGCCAAACGCCACCCAACCUCCUCCUCUUCCUCCAAGACACAAUAAGAGCCACAGAAAAACAAUUAUAUUGGCUGCUGUGUUGGGUGGUGUUGGUUUAAUAGCCGUCAUAUUAAUUUCAGUCGUGCUGCUGAUGAUAUGCGCACGCAAGAAUACAGCAAGUCAAGGGGGUACGGGGGUGGGACCCGCCCCUACAACCUCUACAACCUCAUCAAGUCCUCCUCCUCCUCCUGGGUUGUCACUGAACCUUUCAAGUCUAGGAGAUGCAUUCACUUACCAGCAGAUUCUUCAAGCCACCUCAGAUUUCAAAGAUGAAAACUUGAUGAAGCAUGGACAUUCUGGCGAUCUUUUCAGAGGUUUGUUAGAGGGUGGGGUCCCUGUGGUCAUAAAAAGAAUUGAUUUGCAGUCUGUGAAGAGGGAGGUGUACUUGGUGGAGUUGGACUUCUUCAGCAAGGUCUCACACACAAGAAUAGUCCCUCUUUUGGGACAUUGCUUGGAGAAUGAAAACCAGAAGUUCCUGGUGUACAAAUACAUGCCGAAUGGAGAUCUCUCGAGUUCUUUGUUCAAGAAAAAUGAUUCGGAUGAUGACAGUUUACAGUCACUUGAUUGGAUAACGCGGCUCAAAAUUGCAAUCGGAGCUGCUGAGGCUCUGUCAUAUCUGCAUCAUGAAUCUACCCCUCCCCGUGUGCACAGAGAUGUUCAAUCCAGUAGUAUACUGCUGGAUGAUAAAUUUGAAGUGAGAUUAGGGAGCCUAAGUGAAGUUUGUGCACAAGAAGCCGAUCCUCAUCAAAGUAGGAUUUCCCGGUUUCUGCGACUCCAACAAACAUCAGAUCAGUCAUCUUCAGGCUCACAUUCGGCUUCGUGCACGUACGACGUGUAUUGCUUCGGGAAGGUUUUGCUUGAACUGGUGACGGGCAGACUGGGCUUGAGUGGGCCCGACGGCGACGGGAACGCCAAGGAGUGGUUAGACCGGAUACUGCCGUACAUCAGCAUAUACGAGAAAGAGUUGGUGACGAAGAUAGUGGACCCCUCGCUGAUAAUCGACGAGGACCUGUUAGAGGAGGUGUGGGCCAUGGCGAUCGUGGCGAGGUCGUGCCUCAACCCCAAACCUUCGCGGCGACCCCUCAUGAGGUACAUCCUCAAGGCGUUGGAGAACCCGCUGAAGGUGGUGAGGGAAGAGCACAGCGUGGCGGCGGCAUCGGGGUCCGCGAGGCUCAAGGCGGCCGCUUCCUCGUCCCGAGGGUCGUGGAAUGCCGCCACCCUGUUCGGCAGCUGGCGGCAGAGCUCUUCGGACGUGCGCCCGAAGGCGCACGAGGGGACCGCGGGCAGCUUCAAACGGUCCAGGACUUCGGGUUCGCAGGGGAGCGGGCCGAACAACGGGGAGGGAGGAGCAGGGGGAGGGGGGCAUUCGUCUUCGAGCAGGCGGUCGAAGGAGAUAUUUCCGGAACCUCUGGAGGAGGACGGCGGCGGGAGGCCGGCGGAAUGAGUAGUGAGGAGGCGGUGUUUGAUUGAUUCAUUGGUUGUUGUUAAUAACAGAAACUCACAGCAGCUUAAGCUCCACAUUUAUGGCAGCUUUGCUCCCCCCCCCUAUUGUUUUUACUGUUGUAUGUACAUUCUACUCUUCAUUUUUUUUUGUGGUGCUGCCAAAAUUUCUUUUUUAUUUUUUAAUACUAAUUUUGUUUUAGAUUUUGGGGGUUGUGAGGGAAAUGCUUGAUUAACUAACUACAUUCAUUCAAAUAUGAGAAAUGAUAACGAUGCAUUUUUAGUUCAUCGCGAUGCACAUUUAUGUUGGCAAUGCAUAUUUUAUGCGACGUUAACAAAGUUUAACUCCUUUG